AUUUUAAUAUUUAUAUUGUAGUGGCUGUUGUACCAUACAAAUAAAACAUUAUUCAGAAUGAAUGUAUUGAAUUUUUGAUUUCAUAUUAAAUUGUUAACUUAAAACUAAUAGUCAUCACUUUGUUAGGUACUUCUUAGUGUGUAGUACUAUUGGCGUAUGUGGUUAUACGAAGUGCAGUGGAGAAUAUACAUAACAAAUUGCGAAAUUAAAUUAAAUCAAAUUUAGAUUUUAUAAGUAUAUUAGUAGAGAAAUGUCUGCAGAAGACGUACUAUUCGAUAUGUUACAUUCAGAAAUCGUGUCAUAUUUAGUGUCCAAAUCCGCCGAGGAUGAAGACAUAUCAAUAUUAGAACACUUGGGUUAUUCUUGUGGUUGGCGACUGAUAGAAAGAAUAACAAAAGAAUUGCCGAGGUAUAAAGAAGAACUUGAAGUCUUAAAAUUUAUAUGUACAGACUUUUGGUCUUGUGUGUAUAAAAAGCAGGUGGAUAAUUUACGAACAAAUCAUCAAGGUGUCUACGUAUUGCAUGAUAACGAGUUUCGAUUUUUCAGCAAACUGUCAAAUGGUACACAGUACCUUAAAUCUGCACCCAAAUAUGCUACUUUUACAUGUGGUCUGAUUCGAGGAGCUCUUGAAAAUUUUGGAAUUUCAAGCAUUGUAACAGUUGAAAUAAUAAGAAUGCCAUCAUGUAAAUUCCAUAUACAAGUACUUCCAUCUUCGUCUUAAUUAUUAUAUUCUUUGUAUAUAUACAGGAAAUCAAUUAAUGAUUAAAUUAAAUUAUUAAUUUUAUAAAACAUUUACUUUUACUAUUUAAAAAUUCAAUCCAAUGAUUUUCCUAAACUUAUAACUUAUAAGUUAUAAUGUAAACAAUUAUUAUACUAUUCUAUGUAAAUUAAUAAUAAUAAAUAAAUUGAAUUACUAAAAAGUUA